AUGGAGCAGGUCUCCGUCCAGCACUUCCGCUCGUUUGGCGACGAGGUCAAAAUCGGCCUGAAGCCGGGCCUCAACGUCAUCGUCGGGCCGAACGGCAGCGGCAAGUCCAACGUCAUCGACAGCCUCCUCUUUGCGCUCGCGCAGGACUCAGCGGCGCUCAAGACCCGGGCGUGGUCGGACCUCGCUCACCGCGGCCGUCGAGGCCCCCCGAUGGUACGCCUGCAGCUCAGCAGCACCGCCGCCGCCUCCUCUGCCAGCGACGGUGGCGGCGGCGGCGACAGCCUGACGCUCCUCGCGCGCAUACGCGAGGACGGCGCGCGGACUCUCAGCGUCGAUGGGCGCGUCGCGACGCUGCAGCAGGCCCGGGACGCACUCAGCGCUGCGGGCCUCGACACGGACGCGUCCUUCUUCGUGCGGCAGGGCGUCGCGGGAGCCGCCCUCAGCGGCGCCGAGGUUCCCGCUCG